AUGAAUGGUGAUAUUCUUAAUUUUAUAAAGAAAUGUUCGACACACGAUUCAGAUUUUGUUUUAUUAUGUGUUGUUUGUUUGACACCAAUAUGCUUGUAUUGUAUUGUUAGUGGUGAACAUUUAAAUCAUAAAAUGGAUCAUUUCACAAAAGAAAAUAUUUAUAAUAUUAAAUCAUCAAAAAAAUGUUAUAGUCAUACCAAAACUAACUACGAACAACAAAAACCCAAAAUUAGAGAAAAUUUUAAAGAGUUGCACGAUAGGUUAGAUUCAUUAAAAAACAGCAAAUUAUUAGAAUUAGAAAAAGAUCAAAGUUUUUCUCAAAUUUUUAAAAAAUACUACGACUAUUUAAAUGUUUUUAAAGAUUUAUGCCCAGAAUUAUUGGAGUUGCAAAAAAAAGAUAGCGUAUUUUAUAAUAUUAAUAGCAUUAAUAACAAUAGUAAUAAUAAUUGUGGUAAUAAAACUAUUUGUGAAAUUGCAGAUUAUUUAUAG